CUUUCCAUCGGCCGCCCCCUUCUGCAGCUAUCACUCUGCAUCCUUCUCUCUUUUCCCUUUUCCCUCAUCUUUCCUUCUCUUUCUCGAUUGUGAAUCGAGCUUUUGUACAUCAAGUUCCUUUUUCUUCGCUUUCUCGUCCACCACAGUCAUGCUGAGUGCUUUCCGCCGCGCCGGUGUGUCCCAUGCGCUGCGCGCAUCUCGGACCCUUGCCGCGAAGACGACGUCGCAGCGCGCUCAAUGGAUCAUCCCCUCUGCCACCCCCAUCUCGCACAGUCUCAGAUCAUCUUUCCACACGUCGCCCGUUCGCUUUUCGAUCGCUGCCGCGCAGGAGGUUGAGAAUGGCGUCAAGCCGAUUGAGUCCGAGGAAUUGACUCGUUUCUCCCAGUUGUUGGGCAAGAUCGAUCCCCAGUUCCUCAGCAACAUCAACAGAAUGAACAUCACUACAAUGACCGAAGUGCAAAGCCAGACGAUCUCUCACACGCUGGAUGGUUCCGACUGUCUUGGACUCGCAAAGACAGGAACAGGAAAAACCCUUGCCUUCUUGAUUCCUGUUGUUCAGAAAGUUCUUGAAGGUCUGCCCAGAGGGCGGGCCGCCAAGAGGAACAUGAGGGCGGAAGAUGUUCGUGCUAUUAUCAUUUCACCCACCCGUGAGCUGGCAGAGCAGAUUGCCACCGAGGCGUCGCGCCUGGUGGCUGGAACUGGCGUGCAGGUGCAGACUGCUGUUGGUGGCACACAGAAGCAGAUGCACCUGAGAAAAUGUCAGAACGAAGGUUGCCACAUCCUUGUCGGUACCCCAGGCCGUCUUUUUGACGUGCUGUCCUCUGAGACGUCCCGUAUCAGUGCUCCCAACUUGUCUGCCUUCGUUCUGGACGAGUGCGAUCGUCUGUUGGACGAUGGAUUCUCUCAAGACGUUCGGGAAAUUGCAGACUUGCUGCCCGACCCCCUCAAGGUCGAUCGCCAGACUCUGAUGUUUUCUGCCACCAUGAAUCGUGAUGUGAUGCGGUUGGUGAAUACUAUCAUGAAACCGGGAUUUAAGGUCGUCAAGACCAUCGACGAAAAUGAAGUUCCGACUCAUAUGUCUGUCCCUCAAAGAACGGUCAUCAUGAACGGCUACGAGAACGCGUUCGCUAGCGUCCUCGAAAUGGUGAAGAACUAUCGGGCUCACUACCAAGAGAAGCGCAUGGAAAAUCCUGAGCUCCGUCCUUUCAAGGCCAUCUGCUACCUGAACACCACAAAGAUGACUAGCUUGGCCUUCCAGGUUUUUGACAGGCUGCUCAAUGUUCCCAAUGAUUUUCGUAGUGGUCACCCCUUGGGUAACAUGCCCAUGUUGGAAAUCCAUUCCAAGAUGACCCAAGCCCAGAGAACUCGCACAUCACAGCAAUUCCGCGCCUCCAAGGAGGGUAUCCUUUUCUCUUCCGAUGUCACUGCGCGUGGUAUGGACUACCCUGACGUGACCCAUGUCAUUCAAAUUGGCACCCCCCGUGACCGUGACACCUAUAUCCAUCGCUUGGGACGGACGGCCCGUGCCCACAAGAAGGGUGAGGGAUGGCUUUUCAUUCACAGGGACGAGAAGGGAUUCGCGCAAAGCAAAUUGGCUGGUCUCCCCCUCAAGAUCGAUAGAUCCCUUGAGACGGCAACGAAGGAUGUGGUUAACGAGGAAUCAAACGAGCAUAUUGAGCAGAUCAAGAACGCAGUCCAAGAUGUUCAUCCUGCUGAGAGAGAGGAGGCAGUGAAGACCUUUUCAUCGCACGCGGACACUGUUCUGGGCAGGUAUGCUUCUCAGGGGUUGAGAAAUCUGGCGGUUUCCGGCCUAGGUCUCAAGGAUAUGCCUCGCUACGGAGGAGGUGGUCGUCGUCAACAACCCGACCGCUUCAGAAUGUCCGAUCGUGAUCGUCCUGGCCCCAGCGGUCGCUCCCGCGGUGAUUUCGAUGAUUUUGGUUCUCGCGGUCGUCUCCGUUCUGACUUCGGGUCUCGGGACUUCGGCUCCCGCGACAACCAGCGCUCUCGGAACGAUCAGCACUCGCGCGGUCGCAGAUGGUAGAAGACUGGAUAUGUACGAUGCUCGGCAUAAUACCCAUUUGGCUUCUUGGAUUCCGAUUGUGUUCCUUUAUAGCUGUUGGUCAAGGUGUACUUUUAUUCAUGGGGGUAUAAAAUGUUUUUACUGUUACCAUAUAACUCUGCUCUAGAUACCAGAUGACAUAAUUCAUUCUUGUACAAU